ACUAGGCUCUCUAGGUGUCUCUGCCGUCAGCACCACUUUCACAGCGAAGGAUGCGGUUGUUUCCAGAAGUAUCUUUAAUAAAGCUACUGAAUUAAUGAAAGAAGAUGAGAAGGUUGGGACGAGCAUUCAGGAGCAACUGCGAGAUCUGAAGGCCAGGUGUGGAGAAACACUGAAGGACGAGUGUGGAGGAGCGCCGCUCGGGGCUCAUGCUGAUGAGCUGGACUGUGAGGUCGUCACUCGACUCAUGGGGGCUCUGGCCAGAAGGAGAGAUACUCCCGUACCCCUAGACUUCCUCAGAGGAUUCAACAAGGCCACGUUCUUUCGUCACUUAACACCAGGUGGACUGGAUCCAGCCGAGGCCUCGGACUUUAUUUGCAAAGCUAUGAGCCUAGGAUCAAGGGAACAGGGUGUGAUUAGUUUAGGAGUCUCUCUGUGCGACCUGAUUGGCGAGUGUGAAAAUCCAUCAAAAAGAAAUCAGGUCCCGGAUACCUGCAAGUUCUUACGGGAUUCUGCCAGGGAAAUACAGGAAGGCCAACAAAAGCUAAAGGAACAGCUGGAUGCAAUGAACGAAAUCAUACAAAAAUUGUUCAGAAUGAAGAGGAUCAUCAAGGACUUGGGGGGAUAUUCUCUCAGCAUGACUGAAAAUGGACAGAGAAUAAUGGCGUAUAUCAUGGGAACAUGUACAGACAACAGAGUUGUCUCCUGGCUUCAGGUAUUAUCUAAUCAGACUGAAUUUGUGAAUCUUCUACGAUAUUUCCUGGAGAGGUUGGAUCACAUUCUUCCAGAUUUGAGUUUGCCUAGCGGAGGUCACAUACACAUUGUGUUUGUGGGUCAUGGCAGUAUUGUCGACCAGUUUAUGCCGUCAGCUGUACUGGUGCCCACACCUAACAUCAUAGACACCAUUCUCUACUCUCCGUGGAACUGUGCCAUUGACGCCAACGCUGCAUAUGCAAUCGCUCAGGGGAGCAUUCGAGUGACAGACAGAGAGUUUUACAACAACAGCAAAACGGCUUACUAUGAGCCGAUCCCUUUGCCAGAUCGCUGGAACAGCAUGCGAGCAUCUCUCCACAACAUCCCAGGGAUCCUUCUAGCCCCACUGACCCCUGAAGAAGGAGCAUGGGCCCUUUUUCACCAGUUUUGGAUGAACAGAAGCAUGGAAAUAGAAGACCGUGUUAUUAUCCCAUAUCUUGUCCCACAAUGUUUGGUAAAUGCAUUCGGAAAGAUCCCCCUAUACAUGUUCAUAUUUGCGACAUCAUUUUUACUCAUGCUGUCUAAUAAAACAGCUACUGUGCACCUGGCGGCUUGUUUGGUUCGAGACGGAAGUACACCAAGGCCAGUCGAGUGGCGAACACAGUACGCCUACACAAGUGAUGGAACCUGGAUGUCUGUGAACAUGGAUAACAGGAACAUGAACACUGACUUAUACAGAGCCUUACGAUCAUUGUUUGACCGGAACCGUAGAUAAAUCAGCUGAACGGCCUCUGGGUCGGUCCUGAUGUGUACAGUGGGGCCAAAAAGUAUUUAGUCAGCCACUGAUUGUGCAAGUUCUCCUACUUAGAAUGAUGAGAGAGGCCUGUCAUUUUCAUCAUAGGUACACUUC